UCCAGAGAUUUCAUGACUGGCGUCAAACGAUGAACACAUACGCGAUAUUUGGUCAGUACUCGCAGUGUUAAACCGUACAUGCAGCCGAGCACUUGAUUUUUGUCAUUUAAUUUUGUGUUAUAAUAUUAAUAUUAUUAUAAUAUUAAAUGUUUACAAAUUCGAAAAAAAGUGAAUUUGCCUAUGCAAUCGAACCAGAGGCCGCCGUGUAUCAAAUACACGAUCGCAGAGAACCACCAGCCAUGAACAUAGACACAUACCAUGAACGAAGAAGGGGACGGGUAUUCGUUGAUGAUCCACUAUCUAGUCUCGAACAAGAAAUAUUGCUGUUCAGGCACAACAAUAUUCAAAAAUUUCAGCAAGUUUUAGGCUGUGUUGAAGAAGAACCAGAGUAUCAAUUGGAUGAUAUUGAAUGUGCACUGCGAUACAACUCACUCGACUCUGGAAUCCCUCACGAAUAUGAAGAGGACGAAGUGGCAAAUUCUAUUAACACUACUUUGAAUAGGCUGAUAUCAUUAUCCCUGGAACAACAAUGCUUUCAACAAGAAAACGAGGGUGAAAUGACCAGUUUUCGAGCUUUACCCGUUAAAACCAAUGGUUGCUGUAGCCCUCAAAUACUAAAUGAAGCGUAUAAUCUAGUUGAAGAAGUAUAUGUCAAUAGGGAUCAAUGUCAUACAGAGCUGCACGCAUUGGACGAAUCCCCCGAAGAUGGUAUUAUCGUCGCUGUUGAUCUCGGUACAACAUACAGUGGCUACGCGUAUUCUUUUAAACGAUCAGGGAGAAUUAAAAUGAUGAAGAAACCUGAUUAUGAAUGUGAAACUAUAAAUGAUGGUCAAAAAAUACCAACAGCGCUAUUGUUAACUCCAAAUUUAAACUUUCACUCAUUUGGAACUGCAGCACGUGAUUAUUAUCAUGAUAUGCAUCCAGAAGAAUCCCAAAAGUGGUAUUAUUUUGACAAGUUCAAAAUGUUUUUGUACAAUAAAGAUAUAAUUUCCAAAGAAACCCAUAUAAUGGCUUCUAAUAAUAUACCACUUCCAGCCACUCGAGUAUUAGUAGAAGCAUUGCGACAUUUAAGGCUUUUAAUAUUUGAUGAACUAUCUUCAAGAUGUUCCGAAGCUAUAAAUCCAGAUUCAAUUACAUGGGUUUUAACUAUACCAGCUAUAUGGACUAAAAAUACUAGAAAACUAAUUAAAGAUAUUGCAAUUGAAGCUGGAAUGGGAAAUUCAGAAAAUUUACAUUCCGUGUGUAUAAUACUGGAACCUGAGGCAGCGGCUGUGUACUGUCGCAAUAUUAGACUUAAGAACACAAAAAUACUUUCAACAAAUUGGUUGGUAGAUGCAUAUGAGACUGAUUACUGUGUGUUAAAUGAAGUUAAUGAAGGUUGUAGCUAUAUGGUAGUUGACUGUGGUGGUGGUACAGUUGAUAUAACAGUACAUCAAGUGUUCCGUACUAUAAACCGAUUACCAAUCAGUAAACUCCAAAAGCCAUCUGCUGGAGUCUGCGGUUCUCUAAGUGUAGAUAUAGAGUUUGUAAAACUUUUAUGUGCAUUAUUUGGUUUUGGAUUUAUGUCUGAUUUUAAACUCCAAAGACCUGCUGCAUAUAUGGAACUACUUCAGAGGUUUGAAGAAGUAAAAAAAACAGUAUCUAGUAAAGUGAGAGCUCCAAUUGUUAUUCGGCCACCAUAUGCAUUUAUAGAACAUUAUAUGAAAUAUUCUGAAAAAGAUGUAUCUGACGCUGUAAAAGAUUAUGGAUGUGACGCAAUUCAAUGGAAUGAACUAGAUGGUGUAUUUGUGUUGGACUAUUUAGCUGUCGAACCAUUAUUUUUACCAAGUUUUGCAUGUAUUUCAGAACAAAUCAGUGUCAUAGCCAACGACGAUCAGAAAGUAACGCAUAUGUUCUUAGUCGGAGGAUAUGCUCAAUCCUUAUGGCUUCAAGAAAAGAUUGUUGAACGUUUUAGUGAUCGUAUAAAAAUAAUUUUACCAGAUCAAGCAGCAGUUAGUGUUCUACAAGGUGCUGUUAUGUGCGAGUUGAAUCGAUCAGACAUACCAGCUUAUAGAGCAAAACAUAGUUAUGCUGUUGGAAUUAUCAAGCCAUUUAUUGACGAUACUCACCCUAUUGAAAAACUUGUAGUAAAAGAUGGUAAACGAUGGUGUACGGAUCUUCUGGAUUAUUUAAUUGAAGAAAACGAUAUUAUUAGAGAUAACGAGACGAUUAUAAAACGUUACACACCUGCAAAUCCACUGGAAGGCUCUAUUGUAAUAAAUAUCUAUCUAGUGCAAAAUAAUUUAGCAAAGUUUGUUACAGAUAGUGGUGUAUCUAAAUGCGGUUCUUUAAAAUUAUCUAGGGACGAAAACAUUCAGCUUUCAAAAGAAUUAUUAGUUCAAAUGGGAUUUGGUGGUCAAGGUGAAGUAGUAGCUACCGCCCUAGACUUAUCAAAUGGCACUCGUGUUGAUGCUCAGAUUUCGGAAACUGAUUGCUAAAUAUAACUUGUA